UUCUGUUUAUUUCGGUGUGUUUUUAUUUUGUGAAAAUUGAGGUUGUGGAAUUGUGUUGGUGAAUUUUGAGCUUGGUGGUAAGGUGAUGCCGGUGGAUUAUAGGGUUUUCUCGGCUUGGAUUUGGUGGUUUUGAAUGUAAUCUCUUGACUUGCUUGUUGUCAUAUCAAGAUCUCAAAAGAUAUCAGAAUUGUGGGUUAGAUGCCAUCAAUAAAGAUGAAGGCAAAGUCAACCACAUCCUGUCCGAGAGAAAAAAAUGGUCUUCACAUCUGCGAAAAAUCAAGUGUUAUAUACAAGAAUCCCCUCUCUCAUGUCAAAAAUGCUCAAAAUGGAGAACUUGUUGAUUUUAUUCAAAAUCAUCAUGAUGUUUCAUUUUGCAGCAGAGCAUUCCUGGAUGAUUUCAGAGAAGACAGAGCUCAAGGUGAUGAAUUGCAUAAUGGAGAAGAUCCUCCACUUGAAAAGAAGCAAUUACCUCUGAGUGAUUCUGCAACCCUUAGCAGCAUGGAUUCUAUACCGACAACCUGCACAUCAAGCAUGGAGACAAUUUUUUCUCCUAUUCUGGAAUCCAUUGAUGCCCAUAAUGAGUCAAAUGUCCCCAGUGAUGGAGGGAGCAAUGAUCUCUAUCUGCCAUUGUUGGAGACAGAAGAUAGCGAUAGCAGUGGAAGUUCAUGUGAAUAUCAUACAUGCAAUGUAUCAGAUUUCUACAUUUCUGACAUGAUUGUUUCUGCUUUACCUACUGAUGAUGGAAUAACUUAUGAUGAUGGUUCAGCCACCAUGUUUUUCUCUGAUUACAAAUGUGAAGAGCCAAAUAUGCUUACUAACAUGUCUGAGGAAUACAUGGUAUUUCCUUUUCUUGAACAUACUCCAGAAGCUGGGCAUGACAAUGAUAAUAGAACUUGCAGAGAAAACAUUACUGAUUCUGACCAAUCAAGCUUAUAUUUGGCAAUCCACCAAUUGAGAUCCUCUGAUCAGGAAAAUGCUGUCUUUACACACUCAGAAUCAGAUCAAUCUGAUUGCUUUGAUCCACACAUGUUUAUUAGAAACAUGCCGGAUGGACCAGAUGUGGCAAAGCCGGCCAUAGUGCCAAAUAAAUUGGAGAAAAAAAAACCAGUCACCCUCGUACUGGAUCUGGAUGAGACACUUGUCCAUUCUACGCUGGAAGAGUGUGAUAAUGCAGACUUCACAUUUCCAGUCUUUUUCAACAUGAAAGAGCAUAUUGUAUAUGUAAAACAGAGGCCUCAUCUCAGGUCAUUUCUGGAGAGAGUUUCAGAUCUGUUUGAAAUUGUAAUAUUCACAGCAAGUCAAAGCGUCUAUGCAAAGCAGCUACUAGACAUACUAGAUCCUGAUGGGAAGUAUAUUUCGAGACGAGCUUAUCGUGAAUCAUGCAUCUUUUCAGAUGGUACUUACACCAAAGACUUGACAGUGUUGGGCGUUGAUCUUGCAAAGGUUGUAAUUAUUGAUAAUUCUCCACAGGUUUUCAGGUUACAAGUGAAUAAUGGAAUUCCUAUCAAGAGUUGGUUUGAUGACCCAUCAGAUUCUGCACUGAUUUCACUACUACCAUUUCUUGAGAUAUUGGCUGGUGCAGAUGAUGUUCGUCCUAUCAUUGCUGAGAAAUUCGGUCAGUUGGAGAUACCUAAUGUUUUGGCCACGAAGUGGACUAAUAUUAGAUCUAGGGAAAAAUUCAAUUCAUGGAAGAUGUUUUGGCAAUAUUGCAUUUCCUGCCACUUUUUCUAGGUCAAUGUAUCUAUUGUAUGUAUAGAAUGCUAAUUCUAAGGGUUCAUAAACCCUCAUCCGUGUCCCCGGUUUUGGAUCUUGUUUCGGGCCUACUACUUAUCUUUCAUUAGAACUUGGUUUUGGUGGAUGUAAGAUUUUUGUUUGUGCCAUCAGAUAACUGAACUAAACUAAUUUUCCCUGAGAAAUUGUAAAUACAACAAGUUGGUUGCUCUCAGAGGCAAUGUAAUGAUACAACUGUUAAACU